AUGGUGUUUUGGGAUUCAGUAGAAGGGGACAAGGUGUUGUCUGCAGAAGAGCAAAAUCUCAUAAAGCAGGCUUUGGGGGAGUAUAAGAAGUGGGUGAUAAUAGAACAAACCUCUUGGAAGCAAAAGUCUAGAGAGUUAUGGAUGAGGGAGGGAGACAAAAAUACUGGGUUUUUUUUUCACAAAAUGACCAAUGCUCAUAAGAGGGUCAACUCGUUGGUGAAGAUUAAGAUAAAUGGGUCUUGGGUAACAGAAGAGCGUGACAUAAAAAAUGGUGUGGUUCAGGUUUUCCAUUCUUUUUUGUCAAAAAUAGAGGAGUGGAGGCCUAGAUGCAAUGGGCUACAGGUUGGGCUCUGUGAAGGGGAAGAUACAGCAAUGCUAGAGGCUCCCUUCUCUGAGGAAGAGGUUUUUGGUGCUCUCUCAUACCUCAAUGGAGAUAAAGCUCCUAGUCCUAAUGGUUUCUCAAUGGCAUUUUUGGCAAUUCAAUUGGAGUUUUCUAAAGGAGGAAGUUAUGGGGUUCUUUAA